GGCCCAAUUCCUCCCCAUCCUGUAUAGCCAUUGCUAGUUGGUGGGUUUCUCCUUCGAGAAGGUAAAUUUAUAUUAUCCUGUAAACUCAGGUAAUUUUUUACUAACAUGGCGGACGAGGAACAAGAAUACUUUGGUUAUUUUUAUGGUGAUGAUGAGGACAAAGGCCUCAUGGAUACUGCUUGGGAAAACCAACAGAAAAAGACAUUUACCGCCUGGUGUAACUCGCAUUUACGCAAAGUAGGCGUGCAAAUAGAAAGCAUCGAAGAAGAUUUUCGCGAUGGCUUGAAACUUAUGAUUUUGCUCGAAGUUAUAUCGGGUGAGCGAUUGCCCAGGCCUGAACGGGGAAAAAUGCGAGUACACAGAAUCGCAAACGUAUUAAAAGCAUUGGAGUUCGUAACGGACAAAGGCGUCAAAUUGGUAUAUAUUGGUGCUGAAGAAAUUGUUGAUGGCAAUUUGAAAAUGACGUUGGGAAUGAUUUGGACAAUAAUUUUGCGAUUUGCUAUUCAGGACAUCGCCGUAGACGAGUUGUCUUCGAAAGAUGGCCUCCUAUUGUGGUGCCAAAGAAAGACGGCACCCUAUAAGAAUGUGAAUGUGCAGAACUUUCAUCGAAGCUUCAAAGAUGGUUUGGCUUUUUGUGCUCUUAUUCACCGCCAUAGACCAGAACUUUUAAACUAUGCUGAACUCAGACAGGAUAACCCUGUUCAUAAUCUUAACCUUGCAUUUGAAGUCGCUGAAAAACAUUUGGACAUCCCCAAAAUGUUGGAUGCUGAAGAAAUGGCCAGCAUGGAAAAACCAGAUGAACGUGCUGUGAUGACAUACGUAUCAUCAUAUUAUCAUGCCUUCUCAAGCUCACAACAGGCUGAAACAGCAUCAAAGCGAAUUUGUAAGGUACUGGAUGUCAACCGUGAGAAUGAAGGUCGUAUGGAAGAGUAUGAAAAUCUGGCCAGUGAUCUCUUAGAUUGGAUCAACAGAACAAUGCCAUGGUUAGAAGACCACACAUCAGAUGGCACUUUGCCUGGUGUGAAGAGACAACUGGAAGAGUACAGGAAGUAUCGUGGAACUGAGAAACCACCCCGUGUGGAAGAAAAGGCAAACUUGGAAACGCUUUUCAAUACAUUGCAAACUAAGUUGAGAUUGAACAAUCGUCCUGCAUAUCUACCCAGUGAAGGCAAAAUGAUAAAUGACAUAAACAAUGCAUGGAACAGAUUGGAAUCUGCUGAGAAAGAUUUCCAGGAUUGGUUACUGAAGGAGCUUAGACGAAUGGAAAGGCUCGAUCAUUUGGCAGCAAAAUUCAAACAUAAGUGUGAUAUUCAUGAGGCAUGGACUGACGGAAAGAGUGCUAUGCUACAAACAGAUAACUACAGUGAUGCAAGCUUAGCCGACGUCUUGGCUUUGAUAAAAAAGCACCAAGCCUUUGAAAGUGAUCUUGCUGCUCAUCAAGAUCGAGUUGAGCAAAUUGCAGCCAUCGCUCAGGAACUGAACACUUUGAAUUACAGCGAAGUGGACGCUGUAAACUCUCGCUGUCAGACUAUUUGUGAUGAUUGGGAAAACCUUGGUCAACUUGCCGUAAAUAGAAGUCAGGCAUUAGCGGAUGCGAAAGCACGACGUGAACAAAUCGAUAUGUUGCGUUUAGAGUUUGCCAAGAAAGCAGCGCCAUUCAAUAAUUGGUUGGAAGGUGCCAAAGAAGAUCUCAUGGAUAUGUUCAUCGUUCACACGGUCGAUGAAAUCCAGGAAUUACUGGACGCUCACGAUGCUUUUAAAGCAAACAUGUCUGCUGCAAAUGACGAGUAUGAUUCAAUCAUGGCUCUCGCAGCCGAAAUGAACGCGUUGGGAUGUACUGACAACCCGUACACAACGCUCACUCCUGACGAGAUUGGUUCCAAAUGGUCUGAAGUUCUUGACUUAGUGCCGCACCGCGAAGAGCUUUUGAUGAAAGAACAGCAUAAUCAACAAUCAAAUGAACAACUACGUCUCGACUUCGCAAACAAAGCCAACGUCUGUGGACCAUGGAUACAAACACAGACAGAGCAACUAAGAAACAUCGGAGUACAAAAUCACAAAACGUUGGAGGAUAAUUUGCAAGCCCUUCAAGGGUUUGAAAAAACGUGUACAGCUUACAAACCGAACAUUGACGAACUGGAGGACAUCAAUCAAAGAGUUCAAGAGGCCUUGAUUUUCGAAAAUCCUCAUACAAAGUAUUCAAUGGAGGUGCUGCGAGUCGGAUGGGAACAACUGUUGACUGGAAUUGCAAGAAACAUUAAUGCAGUUGAGAACCAGAUCUUGACACGUGACUCGAAGGGAAUCACGGAAGCUCAGAUUAAAGAAUUUAGAGACAGUUUCAAUCAUUUCGACCGAGACAAGUCUUUGUCUUUAGAACCUCAUGAAUUCAAGAUGUGCCUUAUAAGUUUAGGCUACAACCUGAAAGAGGGCGAUAAGGGCGACGAAGAAAUUGAUCGUAUUAUGAUGAUCGUUGAUCCAAAUCAGACUGGAAAAGUGACAUUCCAGGCGUUUAUAGAUUUUAUGACCCAAGAGGUCGCAGAUACAGACACUGCGGAACAGGUGAUGGAUUCAUUCAAAAUACUUGCCGGAGAUAAGCCUUACAUCACAGCCGAAGAACUUAGACGUGAAUUACCUCCUGAUCAAGCUGAAUACUGCAUUGCAAGAAUGGCGCCUUAUGAGGGUGAGGAUGGCGUUGAUGGUGCAUUGGAUUACAUGUCGUUUUCAACUGCUUUGUACGGAGAAAGCGACCUAUAGUUAGCGAACUCUAGAAAAUAUUAUUCAAUUGUAACAAAUUACCGAUUUCUAGUCGUCACAAAAUUGUUUCAAAAGUUGAAACUCGAAAAUGUACGAAGAAUUUAUAGCUCGACAAAUGAUGGAAUUUCUGGCAUAAAUUGAAUUUGCAGACUGUGAAAACCUUUGGUACGAAUGGUUUUAGAUAUCAUUUGUUGCAGUUGUAGUGUUGAUGAAACUUGUGUGUGUUUUUGAGUUUCGGAUAUAGUUUGUGAAAAUCGGUGUUUUUUUGAUUAUUUUUUAUAAUUAAAGAUCUCUGUUAUUUUGUUAGUGAAA